AUGAUUUCUUCUACAAACUGGGUUCCAAGAGGGUUUACCUCUGAAUUUCCUGAAAAAUAUGAGUUAGAUGAUGCAGAAUUGGCAAGAAUUGAAAAUUUAGCCAACUUGAACUUAGAUGAUGUUAAAGCUGAGUUAGAAGGAGAAGCAGCAGCAGCAUCCGCCGAGGAAGAUGACUUAGCCAUUGAGAGUAAGCAUGACGCCAAUGUCCUCAAAAACCAAUUGGAAGUCGAUGAUGACAUGAAAGAAUAUGACUUGGAAAACCACGAUAAUGAUGAACAAGCACAAAAUGGGGAAGGUGAAGAUGUAACCAUGUUCCCAGGGUUAUCUAAUGAUUCAGAUGUUAAAUUUCACGAAGGUGAAGAUGGUCAAGAUCCAUAUAUCUCAUUGCCAACACAAGAAGAUACAGUUGAAGAAAAACAAGAAUUACAGGUUUACCCAACUGAUAACUUAAUCCUUGCAACUAGAACAGAAGAUGAUAUUUCAUACCUAGAUGUUUAUGUCUAUGAUGAUGGUGCAGGGUUUCAUAGUAAUGAAAUUCCUGUUGAACAAGGUGAUGAACUGGAUGCAGAUGUUGCUAAGGGUAUGGUUCGUGAUAGUGCUCUUUAUGUUCAUCAUGAUUUAAUGCUACCAGCUUUCCCAUUAUGUGUCGAAUGGAUUAAUUAUAGACCUAACAGUGGCUCCAAUGAAAAUGAUAUUGCAAACUUUGCUGCUAUUGGUACAUUUGACCCACAAAUUGAAAUUUGGAACUUAGACUGUAUAGAUAAAGCAUUCCCAGACAUGAUUUUAGGUGAACCAUUAGAAAAUUCGUUAGCAGGCUUGAAAAAAAAUAAGAAGAAACCAAAAAAGCAAGAGCAUAUAACCACACAUCAUACUGAUGCCAUUCUAUCUCUAUCGCAUAACAAACAGUUCCGUGCUGUUUUAGCAUCUACUUCAGCAGACCAUACUGUUAAGCUAUGGGAUCUAAAUAAUGGUCAAACAGCACGCUCCUUGGCUUCUGUGCACAGCGGUAAAAAUGUUUCCGCCUCAGAAUGGCACCCUACUAAUGGCUCUAUCCUAUUGACUGGUGGGUAUGAUUCUCGUGUUGCCUUAUCAGAUGUUAGAAUUUCUAAUGAAAAGGAAAUGUCCAAAUAUUGGUCUGUCAUGUCAGGUGAAGAAAUUGAAUGCACUACCUUUGCCAAUGAAAACAUAAUAUUGUGUGGUACCGAUUCUGGUAAUAUUUAUUCCUUUGAUAUUAGAAAUAAUGAAAAUUCCAAACCUGUUUGGACUCUUAAGGCUCAUGAUGCAGGUAUUUCAACACUAUCUACUAACAGCUUUAUUCCUGGUUUAAUGAGCACAGGUGCCAUGGGAGAAAAAGCUGUCAAGUUAUGGAAAUUCCCACUGGGAGACGGUGUAAAUAAUAAUGCAGGUAAAGGCCCAGGUAUGGUUUUAUCUCGUGAUUUUGAUGUUGGUAAUGUAUUGACUACUUCAUUUUCGCCUGAUAUCGAAGUAGCAGGUACUAUGGUUGUCGGAGGUGUUAAUAAAGGUUUGAAACUAUGGGAUGUUUUUAGUAAUAGAACAGUUCGUAAAAGUUUUGCUAAAGAAUUGAAAGACGUUCAAGCUAGAGCAAGAGACGAAGCUAAAAACGUAGGUAGGAGUUCAAGAAUUGCAAGGAAAUAUACACAGAAUGAUAACCCAGAAACUGUCAUGACAGUCGAUGAUUUAGGCGAAGAUGAAGAAGAAGGAGGCGAAGGAGAAUUAUCUGAAUAA